AUGGAAAGUGAAAGGCGCACGCUAGCAGUCCGUGCUUGCGUAGCAUGUCGCAAGCAGAAACGAAAAUGCACCAGAGAGGUUCCCGAAUGUUCUCUUUGCUCCAAAAAUGGACGGCCUUGCGAAUACGCUGUCGGCAGCCGUGCGGCGCCUUAUCCUGAGGGGCGCUCGCGUGUCGCUCCUCGAAUCCAGAACCCGACUGUAAUGCCUUUACAGAUCGUCGACUCCGCAGCAGAGGCGCCUAGCUCCAAUGAAUCCACUGCCCCGGGGCUCUUGCCAGGCGAAAACCACUUUCCGGCUCUGUUUUUUCUCGAUUCUAGUUAUUUUCAGCAAACAAAAUCCCAACUGCAGAUGCCAACGCUUGAACUCCCUCCCGAGUUUGACUCUAUUGAUGCCCAAUCAAACAUGCAUGAUGUUGACGUCUAUUUCAACUCUAUCCAUACUUUCUUGCCGAUAGUCUCGAAAUUGCGACUGUAUCGAGAGCUCACUGCUCCACAGAGUUGCCGAAAACCCGACACAGCGCUCCUUUUGAUCACCAUGCAACUGCAUACCCGGUCUCUCGACAGUUCAGACCCACCGAAUCGUGAGCUCUAUGGGCUCGCCAAAGCCUGCUGUUCUCAUGUCGAGAGGAGCAAUAUUCUCUCCGUUCGGCUGUUACAAGCCACACUUCUCAUCACUUUAUAUGAGAUAGCGAAUGCGAUAUACCCAGCAGCCUAUCUCAGCGUAGGCCAUUGCGCAAGAUUGGGCCACGCUAUAGGUAUCCACGAUUUCAAGAGAGCACCACAGAUGCUUCACACACCAACAUCAGCCACUGAGUUGGAAGAAAGGCACCGAGUUUGGUGGGCUGUGAUUGUACUAGACAGAUACGUCAAUGUCGGCGGCAAAAAUCGUCCAUUCUCAUGCGACGAUGUCCGACCAGAUGAGCUACUUCCCGCGGAUGAAAAACACUGGGAUCAAGGGGAACUCGCCCUUAUCCAGCCACUUGCAGUAUCAACUAGCACAACAGUGAAAAUUUGUCCCUUUGGUAGAACUUGCCAAGCUUCUCAUUUGCUGUCUCGUGUCCUGCGGCAUAUAAGCGACAGAGACUCUAAUAUUGAGUUUAGAUGUAGCGAAGCUCUGCAACUUCGUCGCACAGUGCAGGCGCUGGCUGCCACAAUUACCAACGAAUCCGAGGAACUCCUAGAGCAUAUGAACGAUGCCACGGCUGACCUGCCCCUUUUUACUGCAACGGCACUGUGCCAUAGUGGCCAAGAUUACCUACCUAUGGCCAAUACUAUCAAGGAUGUGCUCGGUAUUCUGGGUACAAGAUGGAAUUCCGCUAGGGAAUAUAUCGCGAUUCUUGACGGUUAUGACUACUCGGGAAAUAACUAG